AGUGGGCGGGCCGAGGCGCGGCUCCUCACGGCUGGCGGCGGCGAAGAUGGCUGAUUUUUUGAAAGGAUUGCCUGUGUACAACAAAAGCAACUUCAGCAGAUUCCAUGCUGACUCUGUAUGUAAAGCAUCAAACAGAAGACCAUCAGUAUAUCUUCCCACGAGAGAAUACCCCUCUGAACAAAUCAUAGUAACAGAAAAGACAAAUAUUCUUUUGCGUUAUUUACAUCAGCAGUGGGACAAAAAGAAUGCAGCAAAGAAGAGAGAUCAAGAGCAAGUGGAGAUAGAAGUGUUUGAUCACUACGUGUUCAAGCCCUGGCUGAUGGGAUGGAGUUGGGGCAGCUCUUGGUUGGAGGAGUUUUAGGAGCACCUCAGCAAGUCCUUGCUCUCAGCUGCCUGUUCUCAAUGAUGGUAACCUUGUCUUUUCCUGCCAUAUCAACAAGGUUGGAGUGGAGCCCAGGACUUGGAGUUGAUCAAAACCAUGAGCUUCCAUGGUCUCUGAGCAAGACCAAUCUCUUUAUGGACUGUGACAGUUCAGUGCCUGUUGCCUGUAACCCUUUACUGAGAGCCCACAUGAAGACCUGCAGAUCAUCAGGUGGUGGAUUCAGAGCUCCAGAGACUGAAAGGAAAGGAUCAUGGUGGCCUGAAGGGACAGGGAAGCUGUUAGCUUAGUGAUGAUGUCUUGUCUUGCUUUACUGCCAGGAGCUGGCUCUGCUCUGCAGUAGCUGCAAUCAUUGCAUCUGCAGCUGUGGGCUUUGGGUUUCUUUUCUCCUCCUUGACAACCUUUCAUUGCCAUUGCUCCUGGAGGGGGAGAAAAAAACCCUGGUUCUGCACAGCCCCCAGCUGGGAGGCUUCCUGCUGUCCCCUUCUAGGGCCUCAGGCACUUGGGGGGGGUGUGCCACGUGUCCAGGUUUGGGGACAAAAGGGAGAGAAUCGGUGAUGAAGCAUCCGUGGGAAGGCAGAGAACCUUAGGAGGAGCAGGGCACAGCCAACGUUGCCAUCCUAAAACCUCCCUUAGGCACAGAGUUUCCAAUGCAGUGAAUUGAGUUUAACUUUUAACACUGAGUAGUUUAGGAACCUUUGUUAUCAGCCUCUUAAGGACAACAAACCAACCUGGAUUUUGCUACAGCAGUAACCUCCCAAUGACUGGAAUGUCUUUAAAAGAGCAGCCAACUGUGUUGGUGAAGAUAAAACAAACUCUUCCUUGGCUUUUGGUGGUGAUUUUUUUUUCCCUGUGGGAUUGCAGGACUCUUCUGUUCUGCCGUCCAAGUGUUGGCUUUUGGAAGGUGCUGUGCAUGCAUCUGGCCUGAAGGUUGGAAGUGAGCUCCCGAGGAGAGGCUAAGGGACGUGCAGCUGGUGGGAAAAGUGGGACCGAUGUGUGUGGGGGUGGUGCUUCGGCAGAGCUGCAGCCUCCCGGUGGUGUCUGUGCGGUGCUGUGUCCAAUGCUGUGUAAAUUCUGGAGGGCUGCAGCAAGGGCUGAGCUCUGCUGACUCCUCUGCCAGACGGAGCCGUGUCCUAUUAAAGAGAGUUGGCAGUUCCCUUCCUGUGCUGACCCCCCCUGUCUCUGUGCCCUGCCGUUCUCUUAGUGGCUCCUGGCAGCCUCUCUCAACUCUUGCAGCCCUCUUCAGGAAGUCAGAGGGAAGUUUGCGUUGUGUCCUGGGUCUGAAGUGAUGGGGAAGCAACCUCCAAGGGAGCCUCCGGCUGCUGGGCUUGGUUUAGGCUUGGUGGCUGUGGACAAACUGCUGUCACUCCUCCGUGACAGCUGCAUGGGUUUGUGAUGCCCACGGUGGGGAGUUUCAUGUUCCUGCCUGAAGUGAGAGCUCCCUCCUCUGCCUGCCUUCUCCAGCUCCUUCCUUCCACUUUUCCUUAAUCCAUCUUCCUCCAGCUCCCUCCUCGCUCCCUCCUCGUUCCCUCCUCACUCCCUCCUCGCUCCCUCCUCUCUCCCUCCCUCCCUCUUUGCUCCCUCCCUUACUUUUCCAACCCCCACUUCCCUCCCUCCUUAUCUUCCUUCUCCAGCUCCCUGCCCAUGCUGCCACCAUUUCCCUCUUCCCCCCCCCCCCACCUCACACUCCCGUGUCCAACCUUUGGUAAGUGCAUUUGGUUUGACCAUGGCAGGGAAGCUCUUUUUGACCUAACUGUGACUUCCUGGUGCCUUGAAAACAACAACUCCCAUUAAAAACCCCAAACUCUG